AGAAACGCGCAGGGCUUCGGGGCUCACUAAGUUUGGCCUCCGCGAGCAGCCGUCCGGGCAGGCGCAGAGGGAGCCGGGAAAGGGCAACUUUCCCCAACUCCUAGAGGUGGUGGUUUCAGCGCCCAGUGCUGCAGGUUUGGUCCAGGCUACAAAACUUUACCUAGGGCUUGCCACACGCUCCCUGAGGCACUGCCUUCUGUCGGGAUUGCUGCCGCCUUUGGUUUUGCGGCCUGUGCGCAGGAGACCCGGAAACUGCUGGGAUGAUCGGAUCUCACCUCUGCGGGGACAGGCGAGAGGCGGGGUCAGUGACUUGGCGUGAGAGCUGAGCGGUGGGACUUGUCUGAAUGGUAAUAGUAAUCGUACAGGCAUACCUCGUUUCAUUGCGCUCUGCUUUAUUGCGCCUCUCAGAUAUUGCGGUCUUGUACAACCUGAAGGUUUCUGGCAACCCUGUGAGGAGCAAGUCUAUCGGCGCCAUUUUCCCAACUGCAUUGGCUCACUUUGUCUGUGUCACGUUUUGGCCUUCCUAUUUCCCGACAUACAGCAAUAUUGAAAUUAGACCAAUCGAUGAUCCUACGAUGGCUUCUAAGUGUUCAAGUGAAAGGAAGAGUCGGACGUCUCUCACUUUAAAUCAAAAGCUAGAAAUGAUUAAGCUUAGUGAGGAAGGCUUAUCGAAAGCUGAGAUAGGCCGAAAGCUAGGGCUCUUGCGUCAAACCGUUAGCCAAGUUGUGAAUGCAAAGGAAAAGUUCUUGAAGGAAAUUGAAAGUGCUACUCCGCUGAAUACACGGAUGAUAAGAAAGCGGAACAGCCUUAUUGCUGAUAUGGAGAAAGUUUUAGUGGUUUGGAUAGAAGAUCAGACCAGCCACAACAUUCCCUUAAGCCAAAGCUUGAUUCAGAACAAGGCCCUAACUCUCUUCAAUUCUAUGAAGGCAGAGAGAGGGGAGGAAGCUGCAGAAGAAAAGUUUGAAGCUAGCAGAGGUUGGUUCAAGAGGUUUAAGGAAAGAAGCCGCCUCCAUAACAUAAAAGCGCACGUCGGAGCAACAAGUGUUUUAAGGGAUGAGGAGUUGAUGCUUCUGGAUGAGCAAAGAAAGUGGUUUCUUGAGAUGGAAUCUACUCCUGGUGAAGAUGCUGUAAAGAUUGUUGAAAUGACAACAAGGGAUUUAGAAUAUUACAUAAAUUUAGUUGACAAAGCAGCAGCAGGAUUUGAGAGGAUUGACUCCAAUUUUGAAAGAAGUUCUACUGUGGGUAAAAUGCUCUCAAACAGCAUUGCAUGCUACAGAGAAAUACUUCGUGAAAGGAAGAGUCAAUCCAAGCGGCGAACCUCAUUGUUCACUCAUUUUAAGAAAUUGUUACAGCCACCCCAAACUUUAGCAACCACCACCCUGAUUAGUCAGCAGCCAUCAACAUCGAAGCAAGACCCCCCACCAGCAAAAAGAUUACGACUUGCUGCAGGUUCAGAUGAUGGUUAGCGUUAUUUAGCAAUAAGGUAUUUUUUAACUAAGAUCUGAAGAGGUUUCCUGAGUGGGAGUGUAAUUUGUCAAAACCGUCUUUGCACCGUGUGGCAUUUGUUGAAAAAAAAUGUUUGGAAGAUUGACUCUUCCACAACUGCUUUUUGCUAGCAUCCUUGGAAUUGCUGGAGGAAUAUAUAUAUUUCAACCAGCAUUUGAACAGUAUUCCAGAGAUCAGAAGGAAUUAAAAGAAAAGUUGAAACUGGCAGAGGAAUCAGAAGAGAAGAAAAGUUAAUACUACAUGGAGUUGAACUGUAAUUGCUUAAAGUUCCAUUGAAAUUUUACGUUGACUAUAAAUAGUCUGGUACUUCUCAAAUAUAUUUUAAACAUAAAUAAAUCACAGAUGAUGAUUUUUAAGACUAGCACUGUCAAUCUUAAUGUUUACUGUACUUUUAUUUGCCAUUUUUAUGUCUUUUCACCAGGACAGAUUAGUAAUUUCCUUUUAAGCAAAAAUGAAUGUCUUAAAGAAUAUUUUGUUUCUUAGAAGAGGUCUAUUUUUCUGCAAAUGCAGCAUAUAUAGUAUCAUGGGAUGACAGUCUAGACUAUUUAUAAAAUAGCUGGGAAUAGGGUUUAUAGUAGUGUUUGUAGACGAAGUGAAUCAAGUUAACCAUCUAAGGCAGAAUGCCUCUCAGCCUUCAUUAGUCAGUCUUUUGACUCCAUCUCUUUCUCAUCCCAGGCAAAUUGAAGGAGUAAAUUGAGAAUUGGGGUGGCUCAGAGCAAAUGAGGUUUUAGAGGAGGUGUAUGGUGUUAUAUGGGGUGGUAAAUAUGACACAUCUAUUUAACCUGCUGAGCAAAUUUGCAUUAAUAAUGGUGGUUAGGGAGGAUUUAAUUUGUUAUGAAGCCAUUAUUCAUAUAGUUAAAGGGUGUUUUGAGAUUGCUAAGAACUGAUACUACUUUUUUGUUUUUUUUUUUCUUUUUUUGAUACUACUUUUUAACCUAACAAUCUUAAACUUGUGUUUUCAAGGACAGCUACAAAUGUAAUCACAUAUGU